CUCCUCUACUCUACUCUCAUUUCUCUCUAGCCUUACUCCACCCACCGAGCCAACAGCCAUGGUCUCCCUCUACCCCUCCAGUGAGCCGAGCCGCGACACCCUUCACCCUGGCGUUUUCCAGGACAGGGCCUCCCUCACCCCGACCAGCGCCAUGCGCGGCCAGCUCCGCCCCACCGAGAUGGACGACACGGCCCUCAUCGUGGACAUUACCUUCGCGGAGGACAAGGCCUUUGUGGAGGACACGGCCUUUUCCAAGGACGAGGCCUUCACCGAGGACUCGACCUUCGCGAAGGACAUCACCUUUGUGGAGGACGCGACCUUUACCAAGGACAAGGCCUUCGCCGAGGACGCGACCUUUACCAAGGACAAGGUUUUCGUGGAGGACACGACCUUCGCCAAGGACACGACUUUCGCCGAGGACACCACCUUCGCGGACGACAUCACCUUCGUGGAGGGCACCACCUUCGCGGACGACAUCACCUUCGUGGAGGACACCGAUUUCGCCGAGGACAGCGCGGGGGACGACACGGCCUCCACCGCGGGCUCGAGCGCCUCCGAGGCCUCGGCCUCCACGGCCGCCACAACCGUGGUCGAGGACGAGGGCCUUGACACCAGCGAGGCGCCGCAGCGUUUUCGCCUCCCAUACGGCUUUCUGCCGGCGUACAACGCGCUGAACCACGCGUACAUGCGCCUGUACCCCCUGCCCGCGAGCAACCGGUACAGCAACGUCCUCGCCCGGACGUACGGCAAGACCGAGUACUUCGCGCGCGUCGCGCGCGAGUACGGCGACUUCACGGGCCCGGACACAAUCGUCACGAUCGUGCUCUACCUCCGCCUGGCUAACUGGGCGCGCAAGGCGGCCGCGGUCGAGGCGCUCGCGGGCAGCGAUCGUGUGUGGGACCUCUGCGCUAUGGCGCGCCACGCGCUCGCGGUCAGCGACGCGAUCCAGCGCCGCUACGUUGCCGUCCAUUACUCGUCGGACGCUGAGGCGGUCGAGCUCAUCCACGCGCUAGUGCUCGACCGCGAGGCGCAUGUCCUCGGUGACUACAAUCCUCGUCAGUAGCACGCAUGUCGUUGGUCAGUACGAUCCUCGUCAGCAGCCCGCAAGUCUUUGGGCAGUCCGAUCCUCUCAGUAGCUCUCAAAUCUCGGUCAGUGUCCU